CUUCCCUUUAUUCCUCCUCCCCCUUCUUAUUAGGCCACGGUGUGGCCAUGGGGCUCCCACUGCUUCCUGAGCUGUUUAGGAUUGGGAACCAUAAAUAACCAUCACAGAGCACAAAAUCCCCACCCUAAGCAUGCACAGGAAGAGCUCUUUUGCAUCUGCUGCUAAUUUUGAUGACGUGCAGAAACAUUUUCUGUGCAUACCUUCAAGAUUUGGAUCUCUGCUCCCCCCAUCUAGAGCGCCCUUCGCUAUUUCCAGAAUUUGAGACCUUUUGGCAUGGUGUGCUUCUGUCUUUGGGGUGCUGGCCUCACUGCUGGCUGGAUGAUUUGUGUCAUUUUUCACUAUGCAUUUGUGCUUCGGUGUCGCCUUGGCCGUUGUGCCAUCUGUAGCACGUUGCUCAUCCUUAGAGUGGUGGGGUUGCUCUUUUCAUGUCCUAACAGCGGGGAAACGGAUGAGAAGUCGUUCCGUUUUCUAUUUUUUUAAUGUCUGGUAGAACAUUUGUGGGAAAGGGGAAGUGCCUGACUGUGGCGGCUGCUUUGGAGGGUUGAGAAUCACAUUGAUUUUCGUUGGAGUUUUUGUCUUCUCCAUCGUGGCUGGGGAUCACAUUAACUUUAGGAUUUUGGUCUUGUCCAGGAUAGUUAAGGGUCGUAUUGACUUUCUUUGGGAUUUGUUUUUGUCCAUCAUGGCAAAGGAUCACACUGACUUUCUUUGGGGUUUUGACUUCAUUCGUCAUGGAUGAGGGUCGCAUCGACUUUCUUUGGGUAUUUGGUCCUUUCCCCUGUGGAUGAGGAUCACGUUGACUUCCUUUGGGUUUUUGGUCUCAUCCAUCAUGGAUGAGGAUCACGUUGACUUUCUUUGGGGUUUUGAUCUCAUUUGUCGUGGAUAAGGACCAUAUUGACUUCCUUUGGGAUUUUGGUCUUGUCCACCACAGAUGAAGAUCAUGUUGACUUUGGGGUUCUGACCUCAUUUGUCAUGUAUGAGGAUCACGUUGACUUUGUUUUGGGGUUUGGUUUUGUCCACCACGGAUGAGGAUCAUGUUGACUUUCUUUGGGGUUUCGACCUCAUUCAUCAUGGAUGAGGAUCAGGUUGACUUUCUUUGAGGUUUUGACCUCGUUCAUCAUGGAUUUGGAUCUCGCUGCCUUUCUUUGGGGUUUUGGUAUCUUUCAACAUGGCUGAGUGUUACGAUGUAGAGUUAAAUCAUCUAAUACAUCAUUUUCUCCACGUGUUCACUGGGAUAGAGCUUUGUGUCACCUUUUGUAGGGCUCUCACAUCGUCAGGUGCAGACUUGGUGGUGAGUGGGCUCUCCCUGCCACAAAUCCAAUGACAUGUGGCAUAAUGCAUUAAUGCAUGGCAUAAACCUUGUAGGGGAUGACGAGCAAAGGCUGCGUUGUAACUCCUGCCAGACACUGCUUUUAUGCUUGGUGGUAAUUAGGCUUUAAUUACUGGCUUUAUUAAGCCCUGUGACUGGUCAGCUGCACAGAUGCCAGCUUUUAAUUUUAGGUAUUUUGGUGUCAGGGUACCCAAAGUGUUGGGAUUUGCUUUUUUUUCCGCUGCUCACAAACCUGAAUCAGCUUUGUUUAGAUUUAUCACAACCUGCUUGGCUUCUGGCAGGCUUAGACAUGGAGGUUUUGAGCUCUGUAACGAAAAUACAACAUGAAUGGCCACAGGAUCAGGGUUGGGAGCCCUGGGAGGUUCCGUUCAGCCUCCCUGGAGGCUUUGGGUUCUUUUUCAUAUUUUUUUAUUUUAUUUUAGUUUAUUUUGCUGUAGCCUUUUAUGAUCUGGAAAGCAGCCCGGAAAAUAACUUCUAGGAAGGAAGCUGGGUUCGGUGCCUCUGUAGGAUGCCCUUGCAUCCCUUCUACCAUGAAAAUUUAAUAAAUCUUCAUGCAUAAUGCUGUGUGCUGUCAAUAGAACUUAGCUCCUGUUGGUUUUCGGUGCAAGUACUGCUGUAAAAUUCAACUUUGGACUUUCUACUGCUGUUCCUGAAGGAAGUCCAGAGGAAGAAUGUGUUGUUAGCUUUAUUUUUGUACCAGUGAUUAUCCAGUAAUCGAGUCCUUUAAUAAAAUAAUUUUGUAAUACAUUCCUUGGUCUUUUAAAACAACUUUUGGUGCGUGGGGGGGAUCUCGCCUGCUUUGCUCUGUGAGUUGUAACUGUAGUAGAAAAAAAUGGCAAAUGGUGCUGAGGUGGCACUUGGAGCAGAGGCUUUGUGACUCACCCAGCUCUCCUCUAAGGCACUUCAUUAGCUGUUUGGUAAAUAGCCACUUGCUAGGGAUGCUUGUCUAAAAUUAGGAGCAGCUACAGCCAGCUGAGGAUAAAAGUUCCCUCUUGGGGGUUUCAGCUGCCAUGCCAGAGGAGUGCAGCCCACCCAGGGCCACUGGGUGGCAUAUGGGCACCACACUGGGGCACAUCUUACUUGUGUUUAAAGGUAAUCUGUCCCCUCGUGGUUUAAAACUCCUCAUCUCACAUCCAGUUUGGUGGUUGCUCAUGUUCCCACUGCUGAAGGUUGGUCUGUUGGCCUCCGCCAGCCCAGCCUUUUUAUUCUUGGCUCCCCCAAUACUUCUCAGCCAUCUGGCAGAGGCUGGUUGGGUUUUUGGUUGUGGAUGAGUCACCUGUUGAGCUUCAAGGAGUCUGUGCUAUUGAUGGAUAAGACACUGGGGAGCUGGAAGCUGUAUCUGAUGGAGAGCAGCAGACAUCCAUCCUGCUGACAUGUUGACAUCAAUGAAAUGCCAUUGUUUUUCAUCUUGUGCGGUGUGAACGUUCAGAGACUUGUGCAGCACUUGGUCUUGCAGGUAUAUUCCAUCUGAUCCUGGGUUCUAUAGGAUUGAGGAGCCCAGCAUUAUUUUGCAGUUGUUGUUUUUCACCUUUUUGUCCUGCUGUGUGAGGGACAGGGCAUGUUGUUGUGCAAGGAGCACGGGGCGUUGUGCUGGGUUUCCUCACCUGCACUAUUUUGGUUGCUGCAGAUGGCUUUCUGCCUCUGUGAGGUUCUGACAAAAAGGAGUUUGCAAUGGCUGUAAACUAAAAGAGGGGGGAUUUAGGUUAGGUGUUGGCAGGGUGUUGGAACUGGAUGAUCUUUGAGGCCCCCUCCAAUCUACUCAUGAUUCUGUGACAAGUAAUGCAAUCAGAAAGAAACCAGUUCCCACCCACUGUUUAUUACGUAACCCUCUAAUUAAAGUCAUCAAAUGGAGAUGACUCGGUGGCUUGGGAAACUUCCCCCACGUCUGGGUCAAAAAUACUUCCUCCGUGCUUUAUUUACAUUGCCACAUCCUUGAUGUUGUGUCAGUUAAUUCUUAUCCCCUUAUUUUUGGCUUCAGCUGUUGGAGUCUCCUGCUGUUUUGGACCCCAGAAAGGUCCUUGAACUUUUCAGUUUUCCCUAUAAAGGAGAGAGGACUGGGGGUAGUGCUGCUCCCUUUCUCCCUAGGAAGGCCAGGCUGACGUGAAGCACUUCUCAUAGUUGCCUAGGGCUGCAAGUUGUCUUUCCUUUUCUGGCUUCUUUCUGCACCAUGUUUUUGAGUGAAAGGUAAAGCAUUAAGGUGGGUCUCCUGCCCAAGAAGCAAAUGGUGUGUGUUCCUGUGAUGGCUGUAAUGCUUAAACUCUGGUAAUGAGAAGCAUACGUGGAUGGAGGUGGCGGUGAGGAAAUAUUAAAGACCUCCAAAACACAAAAUGCAGCUGCAAAUAAAAUAUUGUGUUCUGUUCUCCAUGCACAAAGUAAAUGGUUGUGUGUUGCAGCAGCUCCUAAAACCUCGCUCAGCCCCUGUGUUUGUUCAGAGCUUGAACAGCCCCGUUUGUAUGUAGGCAUGUUUGUUAGAAACGUGUAGUAACUAUUUCAUCUUUUAACAGAUUAAAUGUUGAGUGUUCAGCUUGCAUGGAAAACAGCUGCGUAGUAAGUGAUGUGCUUCAAGGAGCAAGGUGGGCAGGUUAAGGAGCUCUUUGUUGGUCCCACAGAGGAGAAGAAUGUUCUUAAAAUGCACUUAAAUCCAGCAUGCAUGUACUUAGGUAGUCGCAGAGUGGUCUCAUCUAGCUGAGCUGGAGAUAGGCUGAUGUGCGUUUUCAGGCAGGAAGCCUGGGUUUGGGAUAGACCAAUGAUGGCUUCUUGGGCCCUUUCCAACCCAACCCAUUCUAUGAGCUCCUUGCAGAACACAUCACCAACAGAAGCAGCCAGCCACAUAGCCAGGCCUGCCAUCUUAGAUCAGAGCUACGUAAUUUAGUGCAGGUUAUUUAAUUAGGGCUAUGCCCUGUGACCUUACCACAUGGUAGGUGAUGAGCUAAGGCAACGUGAGGGCAAGCAACACUGUUGGCCAAGUGCUCAGGAAGGCAGCCAUGGCCAGCAGGUUGAUCUCUUGGUGUUGUUUCCAAAUCUCCUGUUCUGUUGUCUCCAGAUGUGCUGUCGUGUUGCCUCCAAACCCCGGUGAGCAUCUCAGUGCUGUGUGCCAACCCCUGCUCUCUCACUCGUGUGCUCCUCGCAACGCUCCCAUUACUUUCCUUUGCAGCAGCCCAGCGUAACAGUAAUCCUUUCCCACUAUAAAAGAGGAUUAAAAAUGGGAACAUUCGUACCUUAAUUCAGCCUGCCAGGGCUGUGCUCUGUCUUUUGGGCAGUAAUCCUGUCGGUAAAGGGCCGUCAGCAAACAGCAGAUCCUCCGGUCCUGCUGCUGAUGGGGUUAGCAAUUCUUCAAAUUAAUUAAAAAGCUGUAGCAACUAGAGAAGAGCAACUCGCUUAGAAUGUCUUAAAGGCCACAUGGUUCAGAGUAAAAUAAUUAGAAAUUGGGAUUUCCGUGGUUCUUGAAAUGAAAGUGUGCAAAUGGACAUAAUGGUACCUUUGAGGAUGCUGUUUGUCAGAUGCUUUGCUGUCCACACUCCGCUUACAUGCUCAAUAAACAGGUGUGAAGUCCCAUUUGUUUCUUUUCCAGGCUUUCUGUGUUUUACUGCAGCUCUUUUGGGUGAGGUGCUGAUGAGGAAAGCACAGUGAAAACAUGGGUUUGGUUUUCUAGGAUAUUUUUUUUUUAGGAUUUUUAUGCUGCGACUGUUAGCACAGGGAUUAUUUUUCCAGCCUAAUUAAAAGGAUAAUUGCAUUAAGCCACAGGAGGACGCUGUGGGAUGACAAGAGGUGGAUUUCAGUCCCUCCUAGGGCUUGAGUUACUGUGUUUCUGCCAGUGCAGGACCACAGCCAAUUCUCUCCACCAGUGCCAGAACAAUGGGAUUUUUGCAUUUCAAUGUGUGUUUUCAACAAGUUGGGGUAAUAAUAAAGAUACAAAUCAAUGUUGCUGCUUGAUGGAUGCAUCGUUUCCUUAUCAAACCCACAUAACUAAUUCCAUCGAGACACAUCGUUGCACAGGCAUGGCAUCGAACCCUAUCUAAAGCUGAAUGUGUGAAUAAUAUUUAACCUGGGAGAGCUGUCAGCAGGUUGGAUGCUACACAGAGACUUCCAGCAGGAGUCCAAGGCUUUGUUUUGCAUCCCCCUAAGAAAAGCCAGGUCUUGGUAUUGCUUGGCUGUGGCAAUGACAGGAGAUGGAGCUGGGACCCAUCCAAAAUGGGACAAAACGUGGCUACUGUGGUCUGCUAUGAGGGCUGAUCAGCAGCAGUAGUUUAAGGCAUGAUUGCAAUUGUCCUUGUGGAAAUCUCGGUGCGUGAGGUUCAUUCUCCCACCAUUGAAACCUGCUGAUGAGAUUCUCACGGGAUGAGGAAGCACCUCUGCUUUGAAAAAUGCAUAGAGAGCUUUGUGCCAGAACAGCAAAACACAGUGGGAGACCAUUUCAGAUGCAGAAUUCCCCUCAAGUAGGAGUAGGAAAUUUAUUUUAUCAGUAGGUGGUGAGUGAUUAAUUUCUCCUUGGACCACUUUUCACUUAGGAAUUAUUCCAGGCCGUCUUUGCAGGGAGCUGGGAAUUCACUGAAACCUACAGCACCAGUGGAAAAUAGGUUUUAAAAUCAAACAACCUGCUGUGGUAAGUGCAUAGGACUUACACAGGACAAGUGCUUUCUGAUCUCAUCCUGUAGAAGAGUUGCAAGCAAGCACCUGAGCAGUGCUGAGCAGCAGUACCACUUCAUCACAGCUCCUGCAAGCAAUCCUUGUGCAAGACGGGGAAGGAGAAAGGUAGAGGACCAGUGGACUAUGUGCUGAUGGGGAAGCCCAUUUCCUAGCAGGGGUGCUGGUGCAUGUGGCUGGAAACUAGCACAGCACUGCAAGAAGAAGAGCCAGCAGCACUGCUGCAUGGGGUUUAACACAGCCAGAUCACAGCAACCCCCGAGAACAAAGGUGCCAGUGUGAUGGUGGUGGUUUCAUGCAAAGAAAGUGACUUAUUUACAGGGCAGGCUUGAAUCCAUUAAAGGCACAUUAAACUCCAGAUGCUCACCAUCUUUACAGAAGCAGUGGAAGAAAGAGAGGAGGUGUUGCACACUUUUUGGAAGAAAAAAAGAAAAAAAUCAGCUCUCUGAGCUUGGAGCAGCAUUUAUUGCAGUUAAAAGCGUGACGCUGGAAUAGUGAGACUUUUAAUGCUGUUUUCCCUUUUUAAAGAUGGUUUUCAGACUAAACUGCGUCGUGCCAGACAGUGCUGUGCGAUGUGCUGUUCCGUGCAGGAUGCUCGACGUUGGGUCUGCAGCACAGGGAUCAAGCAGAAAAUGGAAAAGGGGAAACCAGGAGCGUUUCCAUUCCUUUGGAACUAAUAAGGAAAUGAGCCGGAGGGAUUAUUUGCAGCUAUGCCAAAUGGGCCCUCUCUCUAAGACCUCUAAAUUAACUUCAGGUGGGUCCAUCACCACCCAGCAGUCUGAGUUAUGUUUUAUGGAAGAAGCAGUGCUCCCAGCACUGUGCCUCAAUACCUUUAUGGGCUGCUGCACCUCAGUUUUCUGCCUUUUAUCAUUUCUCAAUCCUUGCUUAUUGCAUACAGAAAGCGGAGCUGCUGCGGUGUCAGUGCCCAACUGGGGCCUCAAUCUUCUCCAAAACCUUCACCUAGGAGACAUUUUGGUGAUAGCAAAGAGCGUUCACUUGAAGAAAAGACAGAAAUUUCUUAUGAAGAAGUGAGUUUUGAAAGGAGAAACCUCCACCCAAAAUGUCCAAGCAGAAGAAAAACCUGAAAAUAUAGAAUUUGUAGUUCUAGUCCAUACAGAGUAUGUCUCAGCCCUUCUCCUUCAGUCUUCGUUCACGUGGUCCAUGCUUUGCAUCCAUAUAGAAAUUAUUGAAACAUCCCAAGAUGUUUUUCCUUCUGUUUUUUUUUCCUGUGUGGACAUCUCAUCGUUGUCUCAGUUUGAAGCACUCAUGAAGCACCAACUGUCAUGAGUUGGUGGUAGACGAGUUCCUCCAGUGGGGCUUUGUGUCAGUGUGGCUACUUCUACUCACACCACAGAUGACGCUGAGUAGAGACGAGCUCCAUUUUCAACCACGUGUCUUUGAGUUUAGCAUAGAAUUUACAGUUUUUGCACUCCUUUUCUGUUGUUUUCUGCUGUUUCAGUGCUCAGGUUUUGCUAUUUUGGGUUGCUUUUCUCCUUCCAGCUCUGGUGUCAGCAGCGCAUUAAAGGAGCCUCCGUCACGACCACAAGGCAACUGCACUGCGUGCUGAGGUGACUUUAUCCUCAUUUCUCUGUCUUCAAGCAUUUUAAAUGAUUUUUAAAAUACUUUUGGCUCUCAUCCAAGGCUUCAGGACUGAGCCACAGCCACCAAGAAAUGUCUCCACAAGCAUUGUCAUGGCAUCAGGGUUUCCUUGCACCUGAAGUUGUUCAGGUUGAUAAAGCACAAGAGGAAUAAAUGCUCGUUUUCUGGAAUGAGGAAUGUUCAUUUCUGAAAUGAAUCGAGAACAUUUUUUUUUCCUUUCAUGCUCUGUGCAAUAAUCCCUUUUCCAGUCCAUCAGAUCCAUGGCCGAGCUGCUUUGGGUGGCUCUUUGGUGGCUCUUCGGAUGGUUCUUCCUCUGUGCUCCACAGCCUGAUUUCUACCAGGAAUCCUGCAGGAAUAAUGUGAGAAAAUGGAUAAUACAAAUAAUUACCCAAACUUUCAACGCACAGCUAUAAGGCUUUUGCCCUCCAGGUGCUGGAGACGUUUGGGAAUUUUCCAGAAGUCAAAUGUGCAGACAUGGAACGAGUGCAGAAGUUGGAAAAGAAGAAAAUUGGUGUUGAGUGAAGUCAGCUAGUGGGUCAAACUGGAAUUAAUCCAAGUUACAAUGUGGAAAUGAGUUACUGAAGCUUGUAGUGUUGGGUUAUGCACAACUGGGCAGACUCCCCAUCCACUGGAGAGUAAGUCCUGGUUUGUGGUAGAUGUGUAGUAGUUUCUUGCCCUUUUCCCAGCUUCUCUUUACUUUUAUAAGCCUGGAAUGAUGAAGAUGAGGGUGCAGAAAGGGCAGAUCCAGGUUCUGCUUGGUGGUGGAAGCGCAAUGUGUGCCUGUAAAAAUGAGAGCAAUGCCCACACGUGCCUGUCUGCUCUUUUUGGGCACCCUUGUGUUGAUGUUGGUCACCCAGCUGCUUGUUUGCCCACUUAGGAAUGCAUGGCCCAUAGUUUCUGUUUGAGUGGUAUCGCCCUGGUUCAAGCAUUUUUCCUCCUAAAGAAAGCAGUGUCAGAAGCAUCGCUCAUUUUGCAGUCUGGUUUCCUGGGGAGCUGAGUGGUGGCUACACUUUGUCACAUAUAUUCUGGUAGUAUUUUUUUUAUGAGGAUAAACACUUCUUUAUUUCAGUGGAAAGCACUUUAUUUUGUAUGGCACCGUGGGGAAAGCAGCAGUGAGCCACUUCAGACAAAGAAAGCCUAGUGGUUUGGGAAAAGCAGGGCUUGCUGUGCUGCUCCGUUAACGUUUUGCCUGAAAUCUCCUUGUUCCCCCUAUUUUUCUGUACUGAUAACAAAAUAAGUUCAUUAGAAGAAGAUUAUACUGGCUCUGUUUCCAACCGAAGUAUUUCAUGUUGCUUCAAUGCAUCUUGGCAUCUCAGACCCUUCCUUACUGGAGGUAUUUGAAUUGGUCUCCUUUGGGUGGUUCUAACAUCGCAGUGACUUGUAAGGAGGGCUGAAUAACACCUGGUUCCAUUGUGAGCUGGAUUGUGAGUGGGAAGGUGGUUGGAGCUUUAACCUCCAUAGGGUUGUAAUGGUCUCACAACUGCAUUUCAGCAGUUUGGAGCUCCCCUAGUGCAUGCCUAGCUAGGAAACAGCCUAAACUCAUCUGUUGGGAGCCCAAGUUGAGUUUAAUUUCCAUCCGUACAGUUUAAGAACGCUUAGGGCUUCUCUUAGUGUUUCCCAGGCAAGAAACUCACUUUUCUGGAUAGGAGAUGGCCAAAAUAAGAGUCAGCUCCACCAUGAAGUUGGUAGCUCUUAGUGAAGCCAUUCGUUUUGUGAUUCUCAUUAUUAAAAGCAUAGGAGAGAAACCAGAUUGGGCUUGGCGUAUUUGGCGUUUUGGGAAGUUCAGUACCAGUUUUGGAAAGGUCUAGCUGGAUUUCUUUGUAUUGGGAAUUGAGAAACCAUUCCCAAAUGCCUAGAUUGGAGUUAGCUUAGGAGGACAAAGGCUGCUGCAAAAAGAACCAUUGCUGUGUAAUCCCAUACAUGGAGCAAACCCAUCCUAAAGCCCUGGACCUGCUGGCUGAAAGCUGUCCAUUGAGCAAGGGGAUGUGACUGCCUGCAGCCAUUUUGGUAAUAAUGGUGGUAUUUGGAAACUUAUUUGCAUGAUCAUGGGUUUUUGCUUGGCUCAUCCUAAGUCUCCUGUCAGUAUUUUCCUCUAUGAACUUCUCGUCUCCAUUCAACACCGUUUGUGCCUCUGGCAUUUGAGCAGGAAGCUUUCCCUUAGUGCUGUCCAGGGAAUAUUCUCCCUGCAUUUGAGAUGCAGCUUUUGUUUUUCCCAUUAAAAAAAAAAAUAAAUAAAAAAUAGCUGUGCUCGAGUCAAAUGUGAAAAAUGAUUUUGAAAGGGGAAAAAUAAUUCUGAGUGUUUGGAGGAUGGAACUCGCUAAAAGAAUUGAUUUGCUGGUUGUGGUGUCUUCAAGUUGAAGCUGCCUUUGAGAGAGCUACUUUAUAAAUGCCCUUAGUGUUCAGUACACAAUGUUGUUGGUACUUCUUCCUGUGGCCUUGGAUGUGCCUUGCCCUUCUUCCUCUCCCAAAAUCAGGACGAAACUCAGGUCAUCUCCUCCUGCCUUCCACCACACCUCCUGUCCUCAGUUUGAGGUGCUCUCCCUUCUCCUCCUUUCUUUCCACGGAGCAUCCUACGUUUGUAGUCAUUCCUCUUGCAAUCUCUCAAGUAGUUGUCCUUGGUUGGUUUGGCCAAGAUAACUUUGGCCAGGAGCUCUUUCUCCUGGCAUGGAUCUCACUGUCCCAUUUUUCCUGCAUGGUUGGUCCUGAUGAUGUCAUUUUUGGACUCACCGUCAGCCUGAUGACUGUUUUGUCACAGUGGCUGUCAUGCUGAUCAUUUGCUGAGCGUUGUGUAUUUCUGGCAGGAUAUAUAUGAUAAAAGUUAUGGGAAGCUUUGGAAGAGCAGAGCUGCGUGUUGGCACGCUGUGGUUGAGUUGAUGGUGCAGUGCACCGUGCCAGGUCUGUGCUCCUGGCUCUCUCCUCCUGAAAAGCUGAACAGAUUUCUAUGGAGAGGGUGUGGUAAAGAGCUUUGAAUGCCAUGGAAUUUGACCCCGUUAUUAUGGCCACAAGGUCCUCUGGUAUGUGAUGUAACAGUUUGUGAUGUGCUGGUGCUUUCCCACCAAUGUACGACAGAUACCCACUGACAAUACCUGAGCAUCUUCUGCUCAUAUUUAUGUUCAUGCUGCAUGCUCUGGUGCCCUGCUGACUGUGUGAGCUGCUGCUCUGCUCAGUGGUUUAGCACUUGGCUACAUUAAAUAAAUAUGCUUUACAUAAUGCUUAUGCUUAGGUUGUAAUGAUUUUGCCCACUUCCGGACUCUGGGCAAAUAAUGCAGCAAAAGUCAUCUCCAGAACACAACUUGCUACCAGUAAACCUCUGUACUGUCAUUGUAAUGCACGUCCUGGGAUGUUGAGGUUGGAUUAUGUAUUGCUCUUGAGCAUCUUCCCUUGGUGUCAAAGUGGCAGAAAUAAGCUCCAGCUUGGGAAUGCCAGUACCUAUUGAUGGAAGAACACGGCGUCGCUCAAACAGAACACAUGGCCACCAUCGAGGCCCACGCAGUGGCCCAGCAGGUGCAGCAGGUCCACGUGGCCACCUACACAGAGCACAGCAUGCUGAGCGCCGACGAGGACUCGCCUUCUUCACCUGAGGACACGUCCUAUGAUGACUCUGACAUCCUCAACUCCACAGCUGCCGACGAGGUGACGGCCCACCUGGCUGCAGCAGCCUCAACUCCUGCAGGAUUUUCCUUUUCUUUACCAGCACCCUGGUGGGCAGUUGCAGGAGAAUCUCACUCUAAGGGAACCCCAGGUCCAGUGGGGAUGGCAGCAGCUGCUGCUGUGGCAACGGGUAAGAAACGGAAGCGACCACACGUUUUUGAAUCCAACCCAUCCAUCCGUAAGAGGCAGCAGACGCGUUUGCUACGGAAGCUCCGUGCCACGCUGGAUGAGUACACCACCAGAGUGGGGCAGCAAGCCAUCGUCCUGUGCAUCUCACCCUCCAAACCCAACCCUGUCUUCAAAGUUUUUGGAGCUGCACCUUUGGAGAACGUGGUACGCAAAUACAAGAGCAUGAUUCUGGAAGACCUGGAGUCAGCACUGGCAGAGCAUGCUCCUGCACCUCAGGAGGUUAACUCAGAGUUACCACCCCUCACCAUUGAUGGCAUUCCAGUCUCAGUGGACAAGAUGACCCAGGCACAGCUGCGAGCGUUCAUCCCAGAGAUGCUGAAGUAUUCCACGGGUCGUGGGAAGCCAGGCUGGGGCAAGGAGAGCUGCAAACCCAUUUGGUGGCCUGAGGACAUUCCCUGGGCCAACGUCCGAAGCGAUGUGCGCACGGAUGAGCAGAAGCAGCGGGUGUCAUGGACCCAAGCACUGAGGACUAUCGUGAAGAACUGCUACAAGCAGCACGGGCGUGAGGACCUGCUCUACGCAUUUGAGGAUCAGCAGACACAGCAACAGACCACAACCACACACAGUAUAGCACACCUGGUGCCCUCACAGACAGUGGUACAAACCUUCAGUAACCCUGAUGGCACUGUGUCCCUCAUCCAGGUUGGCACUGGUGCCACCGUUGCCACAUUGGCUGACGCCUCCGAGCUGCCUACCACAGUUACUGUUGCACAAGUCAAUUAUUCUGCAGUGGCUGAUGGAGAGGUGGAGCAGAACUGGGCAACGCUACAGGGGGGUGAGAUGACCAUCCAGACAACGCAGGCAUCAGAGGCCACGCAGGCAGUAGCAUCGUUAGCAGAAGCAGCAGUGGCAGCAUCUCAGGAGAUGCAACAAGGAGCAACUGUUACCAUGGCACUUAACAGUGAAGCAGCUGCCCACGCCGUCGCCACGCUGGCUGAAGCCACUCUUCAGGGUGGAGGACAGAUUGUCCUAUCUGGUGAAACUGCAGCAGCAGUAGGAGCACUCACUGGAGUCCAAGAUGCCAAUGGCAUCCUAGCAGCAGACUAUUCAGGCUACAAGUGGAGCCUAGCAGAGAGUUUAUCAGGCCUCGUGCAGAUCCCUGUCAGCAUGUACCAGACCGUGGUCACCAGCCUGGCGCAGGGCAACGGCCCCGUGCAGGUGGCGAUGGCACCGGUCACCACACGGAUAGCAGACAGCGCCGUCACCGUGGAUGGGCAGGCGGUGGAAGUGGUAACUUUGGAACAGUGACCAUAACCCUCAGCGGGAUCACGAUGAUUUAUUUUUAUUUUUUUGAGGGGUUUUUAUUCUUUUCCUUUUAUUAUUUUUUUUUUCUUUUCUUUUCUUUUUUUUUUUUUUUUUUUCUCCUCGUCUCUUAAUGCGAAUAAAAUUUUUUUUACGCCUAUCCGGAGAUGCAAUCAGGUGGCACUGAGUCUUUCGGAAGCAAAAGUGUUUUGCUGACCGUUUUUAACGAAGAAUAACGAAGGAUGCGUGUGUUAAGUGCGUCUUUACAGCACCACUGAUCACACUGGAGCGAGAAGCCCAACGCAGAUGGGACAUUCUGAAGAGAUGAGAAAGGAGGAAAAAAAAAGCCACACGCACACACAAAAAAAAUACGACUCCUUGCGCCCCUUUUCUUCCCACAGCAGAGCAUGGAUGCUCCCACAGGGGGUGAAUUAGGUUUCGAAGAUUUUAACGUGGACUUUUAUAUGAAAAAAUUAAAAAAAAAAAAAAUAAAAAAAAAAGGAAAGGAAAGAAAAAAAAAAUAAUAACGAAAUUUGGGCAAGGCUCUUCUUGGAAAAAUGCAUUUGUGACUGUGGGGACAGCUCUCGAAGCUGCCGGUCCCGGAGCCCCGUGCGGGCGCGAGGACAGCUCGAUGACCGCCGUGCUUGGCUCCCCUGGUGCACACUGGAGACACAUUCUUCUUUCUCUGCUCUGGAAACCCUGCCAUUUCAAUUCUUUUGUUCUUGUUUUUUGUGAUUUUUUUUUUUUCUCUGUAUUAUUAUUAUUAUUAUAAUUAUUAUUUCCUCUUCUUGUCGAUUUGGAACGGAGCGGAAAUGCCUCCGGAGCUGUGCCGGGAGGGCUGCGGGGACUCGGGGACAAUAUGACCAGCACUUGCCCCGAUCCUUUGCCAAAGAGCCACAACCCCACUGCCAACCCAGGACACUUGGAAACCCCAAUUCAACCCUUUUGGGGAACCCCUCUGGAGCCAUGUGCCAGCCCUGCUCCUUGAGCAUCUCCUACUGCUGCCACCCAACUCAACCCAACCCACGUCACCCAACGUCUCCCAGAGGAGGGGACAGCCCACGGGGGCAUUUUGGGGACAGAUCCUCCAGGACUUUUCAAUGGGACAAAAGCACCCCGGAAGCCCCCCAUGGUGCGUGCUGGUUGUGUGUGGUAUUUAAUAUUUUUUUUAAUUAUUGUUAUUUUCAAGUGGCCAUUAACGAAGUUCUCUGCGUCUUUGCUCCGCCUUCAAGGAAGUUUUCAGAUUCUUGUAUUUACUUGUUUUAUAAGGAAAAUAUCAAAUGCUCUUUGUAUACACUUCUUCUGUACUUUAAACGAGGGGAGGGAAAUAUUUCCAUAGAAACAGCCCUGGUUUCUCCAGUUUGUUAUUAUUUUUUUUUAAUUAUUAUUUUUUAUCGUCGUUGUGAAGAUGUCGGUGGCUUUCAAGUCCGUGUUCCUUGGGCGGUGCGAUGACAUUCUUUUAGUCCCAGCAGUCCCCUUUGCCCUCCCCCCAAAGAGACAAAACCAGGCAAGUAGCAGAGCAUGGACCCCUAUUGUUUUCCCAGUGUCUAUUAUUCAAUAAAUUGUUACAAAUGUGUCUA